AUGGUUUUGGAGGACCGACCUCUCUCAGAAUUACAGUAUAAUCUCAAACGUGAUCCGGGAACCUACAAGUCAGACUUCGCGAAACACUAUGAAGGUUAUCAAGCACUUGAGCAGUCUUUCAACUGCGCCCCCUCUCAGCAUAUUGAAAAGUUGGAGGAACUGCUUCUCUUUAUUUCUCAGGGGUCCGAUUUCGUUGACCUGUCUCAGGUUGUUCAUUUCUAUCCAGACUACGUUGAAGGUUUCUCUUCCGGCGUACUUCAGACUCUACUUUCUCGGUCUUUUGGAAUGAACCCAACAAUGCGCAUGGCUUUUAUGAAAGCAUUCAUGCGGUUAAAGACGAGGGAUUUAGUUCCCUUGGACAAGGCGAUAGAUAUUGCUUUCAAGCUACACCGUUGCCAAGAUAAACAAGUUCGGCAGACUAUGAGGAAUUUCGUCGUCCACGACAUCAAGCGUCUCAAUCUUCGGCAGAAGAUGCACAAAGUUAACUCGCUUGUGCAAAGCCAUCUUGCGAAACUGUUGAAAGAUAACAACCCAACAGUUGCCAGAGAGGCAGUCUUCGUCCUGUUACGAUUGUUCAGAAAAAAUGUUUGGAAUGAUGCUCGAACAGCAAAUUUGAUUGCCGAGGCCUGCUUAGCUAAGAGGAAAAAGGUCUAUGCUCCAGCGGUGCGCUUUUUUCUCGGACAAGACAAGACGAAUAACGAAAAGGACAGUGACAGCGAAUCAGAGCCGGAUACGCACAAAGAGACGAAGAUAAGACAGCUUCGAUUAGGACAUCGUGUUGGUUGCAAAACAAAAAACCGUCAGAAACGACUUGAACGGUCGAUUGAACACAUCAACAAGACAGAGGCUCGCAAAGCUGCCAAGGGUACGAACUUAGCUCAUUUCGCGGCGAUCAACCUGUUACAUGAUCCACAAGCAUUUGCUGAGAGGCUUUUUCGGAAGCUAGAACACUGCAGUGAUCGGUUCGAAAUCCGACUGCUACUGUUGGAUUUGGUCACUAGACUCAUUGGAUUACAUAAAUUGCUGGUACUCAAUUUGUACCCUUUUAUUCAGCGGUUUUUACGACCACAUCAAAGAGAAGUGACUCGUCUUUUGCUGUUCACCGCCCAGGCCAGUCACGACGAGGUUCCACCGGAUGUUAUGGAGCCAGUCCUCCGUACUAUUGCGGACAACUUUGUCACAGAGCGCGCAUCCUCAGAAGCCAUUGCCGUUGGACUAAACGCGGUUCGUGAAAUAUGUGCUCGUUGUCCUUAUGGGAUAUCUCAGGAUCUUUUGUCAGACCUGGUUCAGUAUCGAACGUACAAGAACAAAAACGUGGUGGCAUCUGCUCGGUCGCUUAUUCGACUGUAUCGUGAGAUCAAUCCCUCUGCGUUACCACGGAAAGAACGUGGGCGUCCAACAGAAGCUCAAAUGGAGACCAUGAUCGAAGGGCAAACCUUCAGUGGCCUCGCCCUUUCCUUUGGUCAGACCACGGCUGCCAAAUUCGUGCCGGGAGCGGAAGCUCUGGUUCUGGCUGAAACUCUGGCUAAACAGUCAAAACGGGAAGAUCGCAAUAAUAGUGGUAGCAGCAAGAGAAUUGUCAAAGAUGACAAGGAAACGAAGAACACGGAGGAAAGACAAAACGCGGAAGGGGUUGAUGCUGACGCCAAUGAUGAGGAUUCUGAGGCAUGUGAUGGAGAGGGAUCGUGGGAAUCUUGCUCCGAUAGUGACGAUAGUGAAUCUGACAAUGACUGUGAUGAUGAAGACGCUAAGGAUCUGGAAGGCCCCGAAGAUACUAAACAAGACGCAACUGCUAUACCAAGGGUAGACAAGUCUCUGCAGAAUGUACAGAAAAAGGAUGACGGUUGGAUAGACGUUCCACAGUCUUCGGAUGAUGAUGAAGCCGAGGUCUCGGACACUGCAAAGCCGAAGAUUGAUCCAAGUGAGCUUGCGUCAAAGGCUCUAGAAAUCGCAUCUUCUCGGAUUUUCACUCAGGAAGAGUUUGAGGCAAUGCGGCGGUAUCAACUGAACAAACAAAAGCGCUUUGCUGCAAUGGGUUCACGAAACAAGCGAAAGGCUGAGGACGACUCCGAAUUCCUUGAAAUUGAAUCUGAAGAAGAUGAAGCUGACGGAGACAAGGGCAACAACCAACUCGUUACUAUGAGCGCCAUAACUCGCCUAGUUAAACGGCCUCGACAAAGCAAGGCUGAGAGAUUGGAGGCUAUUGAAGAGGGUCGGACUGGUCGCGAAAAGUACGGCUACAAGGUUAACCGAAUGAACCCGCAUGCCAGUACAACAAAUCGGGAAAAGUCUAAGGGAAAAACAUUCCAGAUGAUCAAGCACAAAGUACGCCAAAAGGCCAAGCGCAGUUUUCGGGACAAACAGGUUGCACUGAGGGAUCAACUUCGUCACAUGUUGAAGCACAUGCGUUGAAGAAACCUACCGACUUGUCUUUACGAUUCAGUGUACAUAACGUAUUUCUGACUGAGUCAAUAAACCAUCAUGCCCGGU